AUGGGAACAAUAUUCAAACCAAUCGCAGCGAUGCUUUUCCUAUGCUUUCUUCUGCUGCCUAUGGUUUUUUCUGCGGUUGCGCCCGAUGAUGGGUUGGUUAGAAUCGGGCUCAAGAAGAAGAAAUUUGAUCGGAACAACCGAGUGGCUGUGCAGCUUGAGAGCAAGGAAGGAGAGUCAUUGAGGGCUUCUAUUAAAAAGUAUCAUCUUCGUGAGAAUUUAGGAGAUGCAGAGGAUACUGAUGUUGUUUCGCUAAAGAAUUACAUGGAUGCUCAAUACUUUGGCGAGAUCGGUAUUGGGACUCCCCCACAAAAGUUCACAGUCAUAUUUGACACUGGUAGUUCUAAUCUCUGGGUUCCAUCUUCCAAGUGCUAUUUCUCUAUUGCUUGUUAUUUCCACUCCAAGUACAAGUCAAGGCAUUCGAGCACCUACAAGAAGAAUGGAAAAUCGGCAGAAAUCCACUAUGGAACUGGAGCUAUUUCUGGCUUCUUUAGCCAAGACCAUGUAAAAGUUGGUAAUCUUGUGGUUAAGAAUCAGGAAUUUAUUGAAGCUUCUAGAGAGCCCAGCAUCACAUUCUUGGUGGCUAAGUUUGAUGGCAUUCUUGGACUUGGAUUUCAAGAAAUUUCAGUUGGAAAGGCUGUACCUGUGUGGUACAACAUGUUUGACCAGGGUCUUCUUAAAGAGCCAGUUUUUUCAUUCUGGUUUAACCGCAAUGCUGAUGAAGAAGAAGGGGGUGAAAUUGUUUUUGGUGGGGUAGAUCCUGAGCAUUACAAGGGUGAGCACACAUAUGUCCCUGUGACACAGAAAGGAUAUUGGCAGUUUGAUAUGGGCAAUGUCUUGAUUGAUGGUCAAACAACUGGAUUUUGUGCCAAUGGCUGUGCGGCAAUUGCUGAUUCUGGAACCUCUUUGUUAGCUGGUCCUACGACUAUUAUUACUGAAGUAAAUCAUGCCAUUGGAGCCACAGGAGUGGUUAGUCAAGAGUGCAAGGCUGUUGUUGCCCAAUAUGGAGAAACCAUAAUUGAGAUGCUUUUAGCAAAAGACCAGCCGCAAAAAAUUUGCUCACAAAUUGGUUUGUGCACAUUUGACGGGACUCGAGGUGUAAGUAUGGGCAUUGAGAGUGUUGUGAAUGAGAAUGCUCAGAAGGCAUCCGAUGGUUUUCAUGAUGGAAUGUGCUCUACUUGUGAGAUGGCUGUUGUGUGGAUGCAGAACAAACUUAAGCAGAAUCAAACACAAGAUCGCAUACUUGACUAUGUCAAUGAGUUAUGUGAACGGUUGCCCAGUCCUAUGGGAGAAUCAUCUGUUGAUUGUGAUAGUUUGUCUACCAUGCCUAAUGUUUCAUUUACAAUUGGUGGGAGGGUUUUUGACCUUAGCCCUGAGCAGUAUGUCCUCAAAGUUGGCGAGGGAGAUGUAGCUCAAUGCAUUAGUGGGUUCACAGCACUGGAUGUACCACCACCUCGUGGUCCUCUCUGGAUCUUGGGUGAUGUCUUUAUGGGUCGCUUCCACACGGUAUUUGAUUAUGGCAAUAUGAGAGUUGGAUUUGCUGAAGCUGCUUAG